AUCCGGGUCCCCGCCGGCGCCGCGGCGCCGCCGCCCGCUCCGCGUCCCGGGGAGGCGGCGGGGCAGGGGAGGGAGGAGGAGGCAGCAGCAGCGAAGAUGGCGGCGGCGGUGGGGAGAGCCGGCUCCUUCGGCUCUUCUUCGUCUUCCGGGCUCGGCACGGCUGCCGGGUUUUCCUCUGCUUCCUCUGCCGCCUCUACGGCCACGGCCAACAACAACAACGCGGAGCUGCGGGCGGGCGGCGAUGAGGACGAUGGGCAGAACCUCUGGUCCUGCAUCCUCAGCGAGGUGUCCACGCGCUCCCGCUCUAAGCUGCCUUCGGGGAAGAACGUCCUCCUGCUGGGUGAAGAUGGAGCAGGUAAAACUAGCUUAAUAGGAAAAAUUCAAGGAAUAGAGGAGUACAAAAAAGGAAGAGGAAUGGAGUAUUUGUAUUUAAAUGUGCAUGAUGAAGACAGAGAUGACCAAACAAGAUGUAAUGUAUGGAUUUUGGAUGGUGACCUAUAUCACAAAGGUCUUCUUAAAUUUGCAAUGGAGGCAAGCUCUCUAAAGGACACUCUAGUUAUGCUGGUAGUAGACAUGUCUAGACCUUGGACUGCACUGGAUUCUUUACAAAAAUGGGCAAGUGUUGUAAGAGAACAUAUUGACAAGUUAAAAAUUCCUCCUGAAGAAAUGAAAGAAAUGGAGCAAAAGAUGGUAAGAGACUUCCAGGAAUAUAUAGAACCAGGCGAGGAUUUUCCAGCUUCUCCACAGAGAAGAAAUACUUCAUUACAGGAAGACAAAGAUGACAGUGUGAUUUUACCCCUGGGUGCAGAUACACUAACAUGUAACUUAGGCAUUCCAGUAGUAGUAGUUUGUACAAAGUGUGAUGCCAUCAGUGUUCUGGAAAAAGAGCAUGACUACAGAGAUGAACACUUUGACUUCAUUCAGUCACAUAUCAGACGGUUUUGCUUACAAUAUGGGGCAGCACUUAUUUACACUUCAGUAAAAGAAAACAAAAACAUUGAUUUAGUGUAUAAAUAUAUAGUCCAGAAGUUGUACGGAUUUCCUUUCAAUGUUCCAGCUGUUGUUGUGGAAAAAGAUGCAGUAUUUAUUCCUGCAGGUUGGGAUAAUGACAAGAAGAUAGGAAUAUUGCAYGAGAACUUUCAGACACUAAAAGCAGAUGACAAUUUUGAAGAUAUCAUAACAAAACCACCGGUCAGAAAGUUUGUUCAUGAAAAAGAAAUUGUAGCAGAGGAUGACCAAGUGUUUCUUAUGAAGCAGCAGUCACAACUGGCAAAACAACCACCUACUGCUGCAGGAAGGCCAGUGGAUGCCUCACCAAGGGUWCCUGGUGGAUCUCCUAGGACACCAAAUAGAUCUGUAACAUCGAAUGUUGCCAGCGUUACACCUAUYCCUACUGGGUCGAAAAAAAUUGAUCCCAAUAUGAAAGCUGGAGCUACAUCUGAAGGAGUCCUGGCUAACUUCUUCAAUAGUCUUCUGAGCAAGAAAACUGGUUCUCCUGGUGGCCCUGGUGGUGUUGGUGGCAGUCCAGGAGGAGGUGGCACUGGAGGUGCUGGCAGCAACUUACCACCAUCAGCAAAAAAGUCAGGUCAGAAGCCAGUUUUAACAGAUGUUCAGGCAGAAUUGGACAGAAUUUCACGAAAACCUGAAAUGGUCUCUCCUACAUCAUCUACAUCUCCCACAGAAGGUGAAGCAUCUUGAAGACACCAAAUAAAACCAAUUGUUCAGUUUUCUGGGAUAAUUCAAACUUGCCUCUGCCUCUUCCUUCAGUGACUGGAACUAAAGAACUGAAAUAUCUUUCAGAACACAAACCAUUGAUGUCUGUCUUUCUUUCAUAUGUGUUGCCCAGCUUUAYAAAAGGGAGCUGUACAGAUGGAAAAUGGUUAUCACAUUGUGUAGGAGCACUGCUCACAGUGCAAAAAUAGUAAAUUAAUUUCUUUUUUUCUGGGUUUUGUUGAAAAGUCAGUGUAAUUCUGUAAAAUUGCAAGUAYGUCCACUUAAGUGAUAGGGGUUGCUUAGAGCAGGAAAACUGAUACACACCACAGGCACUUAAUUUAUAUUGAUUUCCCAAUCUGUUAGGUAAGUUUAAUACUAUCUUAAAUAGAUUAACCUCUACAMGAGAGAACUACUGCUAGUUUUUGAAAGAGAAAAAUAAUUGCACAAAUCUGUACCAACAACAAACUCCAGUUAUAUUCAACACUUCAUUGGGAAUAUGGUUAAAAAAAAAAUCUGUUUAAUCUCCCCUGAAACUUACACUGCAUUCAAAAACCCAUGCAAAAAUUCAUUCCAAGUAAAAGACUAAAUUAGCGGCCAGGGUUUUUUUUGUUUUUUUCCUCUUUGAUUAAUUUCAGACACUGAAUAAAAGAUGUAUAAAGAAAAAGCAGAGGUUAAAUGUACAGAAUAUCAGUAUCCAGAUUUGUCUAUAUAUAUAUGGCUCAGCCUUAAUGUCCCCCACUAUGUUCCCCACACUACUUACGGUUUAAAAUUGGUCAUCAAAACUGUAAUCAGUUAAUAAAGUAUUCUCUGCAUUCAAAUUUAAAUAACUUUCAUUGAAGCCGUGGUGUUCUUGUUUGUUUACAGUCAAAUCCGAGAAUGUGGUGUGAAACAUCUUACAACAUGCUUUUAUAUUUUUACCUCUCAGUGAAUGACAUCACUGGCAGAUAUUUAAAUUUUCUUAAAACAUUGUUUCUGGAAGGAAGGGGUUAAGUCUGCAGAGUUUGUUCCUAGAAGUGAAACUAGCUUAUCUGACUUGGGUGGUUUGUGCUGCAAUGUUUUCAAAGCAUGCUAGUUAGACUACGGAUCCUGCCGCUGG